AUGUCUGGAAUAUAUUUGUGCAUUCUUGUACUGGAGAUGUCCUCUAUAAUAAAAUGUUUAAUGCAUUUCUCAGGUUUUCCGGUCCCUUGGCUGGGGAACGUCAUGGCGUCACGGCACAGCGUCGGUGACUCCACCCCCUUCUUGGCCCAGGCGGACGACACAGAGGAUGAGCGGCCCAGGGGCCCAGAGAGUCAGGUGGUGGAUGAUGAAGAGGAAGAUGAGGAGAGGGGAGAUGGAGACGUGCACAUACUGACGGGAAUCUCCUACAGGCACUCUUUCGCUAUAGUCAUGAUUCUUUUCUACGUCAACCUCCUCAACUACAUGGACCGCUUCACGGUGGCCGGAGUGCUUCCUAAUAUUGAGGCCGCCUUUGAGAUCCAAGACAGCCAAUCCGGAUUGGUACAGACAGUAUUUAUUGUCAGUUAUAUGGUGCUGGCGCCUGUAUUUGGUUAUCUUGGUGACCGCCACAACAGGAAAUACAUAAUGUGUUUUGGGAUUUCCUUUUGGUCUAUUGUCACCCUCUGCAGCUCCUUCAUACCCAAAGAGUAUUACCCCUUGUUCCUUUUCACACGAGGCCUGGUUGGAGUUGGAGAAGCCAGUUAUUCCACUAUCGCCCCCACCAUCAUCGCCGACCUCUUCGUGGCCGACCAGCGCAGCCGAAUGCUCUCCUUUUUCUACUUCGCCAUCCCCGUUGGCUGUGGCCUCGGCUACAUUGCAGGAUCCCAGGUGACCAAAACAGCAGGUGGAGACUGGCACUGGGCGCUACGGGUCACCCCAGGACUGGGCCUUAUCGCUGUUCUGCUGCUGAUCUUUUUUGUGAAGGAGCCUCCUAGGGGUGCCGUGGAAAGGAAAUCUGAAAGAUCCCUCACCCACACUUCAUGGGGGUCUGAUGUCAAGGAGCUGCUGAAAAACCGUAGCUUUGUGCUGUCCACGCUCGGAUUCACCACCGUGGCGUUUGUCACUGGUGCCCUUGCUCUCUGGGCCCCCACCUACCUGAUGCGGGCUCGGGCUGUACUGUACGAGGAUCAGCAGUGUGACCAACCUAUAUGUAACUAUAAAGACAGCUUUCUCUUUGGGGGCAUCACAGUGGUGACCGGGCUGUUGGGUGUCGCAUCCGGAGUGGAAAUUAGUAAACGCUAUCGUAAAAUAAACCCUCGCGGCGACCCUAUAGUCUGUGCCUGCGGGCUUCUUGGCUCCGCCCCUUUCCUGUUCCUCUCCCUGGUCUUUGCAGAAUCAAGCCUUGUGGCCACCUAUAUAUUUAUAUUCAUUGGAGAAACUCUUCUGUCCCUGAACUGGGCCAUCGUCGCUGAUAUCUUACUGUAUGUAGUGAUCCCCACCAGGCGUUCCACAGCCGAGGCCUUGCAGAUCAUGGUAUCCCACUUACUAGGUGAUGCCGGGAGCCCCUACCUCAUUGGGGUGAUAUCCGAUGCGGUACAACGUGGUAAGCCAGACUCCUUCCUCCUGAAGUUCCGCAGCCUGGAGUAUGCGCUCAUGCUGUGCUCAUUCGUAGGGGCAAUUGGUGGAGCUUUCUUCCUGGCCACUGCGCUUUUCAUCGAGAAGGACCGAAAGCGGGCGGAGUUGCUUUCUCAAGGCCUCGUAACAGAUGCAGACAGUCCUGAAGACAGAAUUGUGGUCCCAAAACGAGGGCGCUCCACCAAGGUGCCGGUGUCCAGUGUUCUCAUAUAA